AAACAAACAAACGCACACGACCACACACAAAGACAUUAAACAUGGCGAGCAUAGACAAGACCCCCAGCGAAGAAGAAAUAGCAAGCACCCUCACGCACCUCAAGCUCAGCACCACCGCGCCCCAAAAGCCCGCACACAAGCCAAAAUCCAAGCCGGUAGCAGACAGCUGGGACGACAACUCCGGCUCCGACACGGAGCGAGAAUCCUCCCCGCCGCGCGCCGGGUCCGCAACCGCGCUCUCGCCCACCGCAAGCGACGGGCCCGACCCCCCACCACCAACCCCCGCGUCGCCGCCCGCAUUCGACUUCCCGGACAACUCGCCCUACGCCGCGGGGUCGCGCGAUAGGGACGCGGGUGCGGCGCGCGGCGGGCUGGAUAAGCGGCCUGAGAAGACGACGGCGGUUGCGGGGCGGAUGAUAGCGGGGGCGCUGGGGGUGCGGGCGCCGAAGCGGAGCGAGGAGGAGAAGGAGUUUGAUCGUGCGGUUAGGGAGAAGGAGAGGAGGAGGAGGGGGGAGGAGAAGGAGCGGGAGAAGAGGGAGGCGGAGGCUACGGAGCUGAGGAAGAAGGCUGUUUGGGAUGAUUAG